UCCUCCACCACCACCACCACCACCACCACCACUCGUAACAUCAUCUUUAUCAACUUCUCAUGAUAUUGUCGAUUUAACAGAAGAAGAUGAUCAUACAAAUAAAGUAUCAAUAGAAAAAAUGACAUAUAUUAAACCAGAACAAAAUUCAAUAUCUACAUCAUCGUCAUCAGCUACGACUGAUCGUAUUCGUAUGUUUUUAUUAAUAAUAAAUUUUCAAAUUAAUAUAUCAAAUCUUGUAGAACCAACAAAUCGUCCAAUUCGU